GAUUGCACAUGCCACAAACAAUCCCAUCAAACCAACUCACCAUUUUCUAACUCUCACUAGAAUCACAUGUAGGAAGAAGAAAUGAAAACGAGAAACCAAAAGAAGCGAAACCGAAAACCCAACAAUUAAUUUAACACCACCUCCUUGCAUGUGAAUUGUCAACUCCCUCCCUUCCCUUUAAUUUAACACACACUCUCUAACUCAUUCCAUUUCCCAACCGAUGGCCGGAAACGAGUGGAUAAACGGUUAUUUGGAGGCGAUAUUGGACAGCGGCGCCUCCGCUAUCGACGAGCAGAAACCGGCCGUCACCGUGGCCGAGAGAGACGGCUUCAAUCCGACCAGAUACUUCGUGGAGGAGGUGGUGACCGGCGUGGACGAGAGCGACCUCCACCGCACCUGGAUCAAGGUCGUCGCCACCAGGAACACCAGGGACCGAAGCUCCCGCCUCGAGAACAUGUGCUGGCGCAUUUGGCACCUCGCCCGCAAGAAGAAACAGUUGGAAUGGGAGGAUGUGCAGCGUAUAGCACAAAGGGAGGGGGAAAGAGAGGAAGGCCGCAAGGAUGUAACGGAUGACAUGUCCGAAGAUCUCUCUGAUGGCGAGAAGGGAGACAUUGUAGAGCCAGUUAAACCCGACAGCCCCACGAAACACUUGGAUCGUAACUUCUCAACCUUGGAAGUAUGGUCCGAUAGUAACAAGGAGAAGAAGCUUUAUAUUGUUCUCAUAAGUCUACAUGGACUUGUCCGUGGUGAAAAUAUGGAACUUGGUCGGGACUCUGAUACCGGUGGUCAGAUAAAAUAUGUUGUGGAACUUGCUCGAGCACUUGCUAAGAUGCCCGGUGUGUACAGAGUAGAUCUCUUCACAAGGCAAGUUUUGUCUUCAGAGGUAGAUUGGAGUUAUGGUGAGCCCACGGAAAUGCUAAGUAGCGGUCCUGAGGAAGCCAACCUCGGAGAAAGCAGUGGGGCUUACAUUGUGAGGAUACCAUUCGGGACCCGAGACAAGUAUCUUAGCAAAGAGCUGUUAUGGCCUCAUAUCCUGGAGUUUGUUGAUGGAGCCCUCGCUCACAUUCUCAAUAUGUCGAAGGCUUUGGGCGAACAAAUUGGUGGGGGGCAGCCGGUCUGGCCGUAUGUGAUCCACGGUCAUUAUGCGGAUGCAGGUGAUAGUGCUGCUCUCCUUUCAGGCGCCUUAAAUGUUCCGAUGGUCUUGACAGGGCACUCUCUGGGUAGAAACAAGCUAGAACAGCUGCUUAAGCAGGGUAGGCAGUCGAAAGAGGAUAUUAAUUCCACGUACAGGAUUAUGAGGAGGAUCGAAGGAGAGGAGCUCUCGUUAGAUGCUGCGGAGUUGGUUAUCACGAGUACUAAACAGGAGAUCGAGGAACAGUGGGGACUGUAUGAUGGUUUUGAUGUAAAGCUUGAGAAAGUUUUGAGGGCUCGAAUGAGACGCGGGGUCAAUUCUCACGGUCGUUUCAUGCCUAGAAUGGCGGUUAUUCCUCCAGGGAUGGACUUCAGCAACGUCGUGGUUCAAGAAGAUAUAGCUGAUGGUGAUGGCGACAUUGCGGCACUAACAAAUGAAGGUUCAUCGUCCCAAGCAGUACCUCCUAUAUGGGCAGAAGUGAUGCGGUUCUUGACCAAUCCACACAAGCCAAUGAUUCUAGCUCUAUCGCGUCCUGAUCCAAAAAAGAACAUAACGACUCUUGUGAAAGCCUUUGGUGAGUGCAGGCCGUUACGCGAGCUUGCAAAUCUUACUCUUAUAAUGGGGAACAGGGACGAUAUAGAUGAAAUGUCGGGGGGCAAUGCUAGCGUACUCAUUACUGUAUUGAAGCUAAUCGAUAAGUAUGACCUUUAUGGGCAAGUGGCUUUCCCUAAGCAUCACAAGCAAUGUGAUGUUCCAGAGAUAUACCGGUUAGCUGGCAAAACGAAGGGAGUCUUCAUAAAUCCGGCUGUCAUUGAGCCCUUUGGACUGACACUAAUCGAGGCUGCUGCUCAUGGACUUCCAAUGGUGGCAACGAAGAAUGGCGGACCGGUGGAUAUUCAUCAGGCCCUUCAUAACGGUCUUCUCGUGGAUCCUCAUGAUCAGAACGCGAUUGCUGAUGCACUUCUUAAGUUAGUGUCGGAGAAGAACUUGUGGAACGAAUGCAGAAAGAACGGAUUAAAGAACAUUCAUCUUUUCUCGUGGCCAGAGCAUUGCCGAACAUACUUGACGAGGGUGGCAGCGUGUCGGAUGAGGCACCCGCAGUGGCAGACCGACACUCCAGCAGACGAGCAAGCUGCAGAGUACUCCUUAAACGACUCACUCAAAGACGUCACGGAUAUGUCGUUGAGGUUGUCCUUAGACGGUGACAAGACAUCGCUGAACGAGUCACUAGACAUGGCUGCCUCUGGCGACAGCCAGGUGCAAGACCAGGUCAAGAAACUCUUGAGCAAAAUGAACAAACCGGAGCCAGGGGCACGAGAUUCCGAUGCUGACAGGAAACUGAGUGAUGCACCGAGCAAGUACCCGGUGCUGAGGAAACGACGUAAACUGAUAGUAUUGGCAAUUGACUGCUACGACAGUGAUGGAGCGCCAGAGAAGAAGAUGAUCAGUCUGAUCCAGAUGAUCUCGAAGGCGAUCAAGCUGGAUGCACAAUUUGGAAGACAGUCGGGAGUUGCAUUGUCGACAGCUAUGCCAAUGUCCGAGCUGUCCGAGUUUUUGAAGUCGGGGAAUAUCAAACUGAAUGAUUUCGAUGCCUUGAUAUGUAGCAGUGGCAGUGAAGUGUAUUAUCCUGGCACUUACACAGAGGAGGGAGGAAAGCAUUGCCCUGAUCCAGACUACGCGACGCAUAUUGAGUAUCGAUGGGGCUCAGAAGGCUUAAAGAAGACCAUAUGGAAACUAAUGAACACGGCAGAGGGACUGAAAUCGAGCCAUUCAUCCGGUGUUAUCGAACAUGAUGUUAAAUCGAGCAAUUCUCAUUGCCUGUCGUACGUGAUAAAGGAUCUCAGUAAGGCCAGAAAAGUGGACGAUUUGAGACAGAAGCUUCGGAUGAGGGGUCUUCGUUGCCACUUGAUGUAUUGCCGGAAUUCCACGAGAAUGCAAGCCGUUCCUCUUCUCGCAUCACGAUCACAGGCUCUCAGGUAUCUGUUUGUGCGUUGGCGACUAAAUGUGGCCAACAUGUGUGUGGUUCUCGGAGAAACUGGGGACACCGAUUAUGAGGAGAUGAUAUCCGGAACACACAAGACUCUGAUCAUGAAAGACGUGGUGGGAAAAGGAUCGGAGGAGCUGCUCAGGACGUCGGGAAGCUACCUAAGAGACGAUAUAGUCCCGGGAGACAGCCCGCUCAUCGCCUACGUGAAAGGAGGGGCUACAGCAGAGGAGAUAUUUGAGACGUUAAGGCAACUCUUCAAAACAGCAGCGUGAGAACACAUUUGCAUACACCAUUUCUCGAUUUAUGCGUGUCAUCCUGCUAAUCUUUUCCGUAUCGUUCCAAUUUUAUCGUUCUUUGUUUUGCUGCCAUCUUAUUACAUUGUUGACUGCUAUACUACUAAUGUAUGAAUAUUUACACUACUUAUUGUGCAUCAUAAUUUUAUUGAA